AUGGCAUUUGUCCUUCUGCCCUCGAGAGGGAUCCUCAUCAGCAGGGAUGAUAUGGAGACAGGAUAUUUUGGGAGCAAGGCACUGGCUACUGCAGCUUUCUAUCCCUUUUUUCUCUCUUCCCACAUUUUUGACUACAACUUGGGUCCUUGUGUUGCCGUGGAUCUGAAGGAUUUUUCACCUCCCCGGUUUAUGGCUCAGGAGUUGGCAGCACCUCUUUCACGAGGGCAGCCACCAGAGCAGAGCAUUACAGAGAUUACAACAUAUCCCUGGGAUGAGGGAGACCUGCUGAGAUUUGCGCCUUUGAACUCCAUGGCACACUCAUUCUCCAGCAGCUCCGAAUCAAACCUGAGUCUCUCUGUGGGCUAUUUCCCCUGUGAGGACAACUUUUCCUAUGAGAACAUCAACUCCUGUGAAGACACAUCUUCUGAAGGUCCUUCAAUCCACUUUGUCCCUCCUAUCCAAGGGACAUGGCAGACUGAAAACAUAGGGAGAAUCCUGGGGAGACGAGACAAAAUACAGGACGACUCAGAGCAGUUUUGCAAACUAAGCAUCACCCUGGCCUGGGAUGUUGACAUGGGCUCUAAGAAUUCAGACUCAAUGGCUAAUUGGGACCUAAGUGGAGACAACCAGUGGAUAGACAAGUAUCCCAAAGAGAAGACACAACUGACUCUCAGCAAACUGGAUGGUCUUAUGCAAAAGCUUGAGAAAUUUCUAGAGAACCAGAAAGAUGACGAAGAUGAGGACUGUGUGUUCCAUGAAUCUAUGCAGCAGGAAGACUCUCAGCUGUCUAGCAGCUCCCCUCCAGGUAUGGCUCAGGUUAGCCAUCAAGAACAUGAGAGCUGUCAACACUUGGCCAAGUUCAACCCAUCAGAAAAUGAAGAUGUCAUCCAGUUUCCACAGAUUCCUCCAAGGCUUCAGAAACAUGAGCUUGCUGAAAUAAUAAGCCAGGUCACUGGCAGCCAAAGGACAAGUAUUGCAGAGACCUCCUCAAUCUCAUCAGGUCUGCAAGAGAAGGACACUCACUCCAGCACACAAGCCCUCUCCUGUCUGAACUUCAGGUGCAUCUUCCGCUGGCUAAGGCACCAAGUCCUCUCUUCAUUUUGGGGGAGAGAGCACCCCGAGAAGGCCACUGAGAGCCCCCAUCAGCUAGCACAAAAGAAACGACUCUCUCACAGAAGCAAGAGAAUCCAACCUCAAGCAUCCCUCGAAUUAGGACACCCCAUAUCGCCAGGUUUUUAG